AUGGAAAAAAAGAUAGUGCGCAAAGAGCCGCUGCCUGGAGGUCGCCAGGGCGGUUCUGGAGCUGGCGCUGGACGCGACAGCAUGCGGGCCGCCAGCCAAGUGCGGGGUGGUGCAAGACCCCCUAGCAGCCCCCCGCAUCCAUCAUCCCCACCAGAAGGCUUGGUGUCGGCUGGGUCUUCUCGGACUCAGCAAGCGGCACUCGCCGCUGGUGGAGCACGUCACAUGUGUUGGUCAAAAUUAAUGAAUUCAAACGCACUGCGGGCGUAUUUUAGGGCAAAAGGGGAAAAAACUGGAUGUUUGGCGUAUCGGGCUCGGAUUCAUCCCUUUUUUGCAGAGCUGGAGCCAUCUCUAUCCGUCACUGAGCAAAACCUGGCAGACCAAGCCUCAGCUACAUCCUGCGCUCCAACACAUUUGGUGACGCCGAACUCGAACGACUACGACGUGAGGCUAUUCCUUCAUCGAAUGGAAAUGCUACGGCUGGGAAUGCGGCGCCACUAG